AUGUCCGAGAGGAUUACAACAGUCUCGGAAGAACUCCAUGAAAAGGGGAUGAGGUGGUGCGAUAUGUUCGCUGAGGAGGAUAAUCGAGCUAUAGAAACUUAUACGAUAGAAACUGUUGGUGAAAGUGCGCAACAAGCUGCUGAGAGAGAGAAACUGAGACGCGAUAUCGAUAGGAAGAGAAUGGAGCUGGCGCUAAAAUAUGAGAGAUUUCGUUGA